AGCAGUGAAGAGGAGAGGCAGUCAGAUUCGACGACGCAACGGCGCUGAAAAAACUCCAGUGGAAACGCACACGAACGCGGCUCUUCUCCACAUAAAUACACAUUAUAUUAUUUAAGUUUGCCUUGUCCAAUUGGAACGAUCGAAAGGCUGUCCAGCGGAGAGGACGUGCGUGCAAAUCCAGGGCGCGAGUUUUCAUCGGAGAGGAGAGCGAAGAGCGUGAGAAACUGCCACUCUCUGUUGCAGCGCCAGCACAUCCCGUUUCCCAAUUGGAUCCAGCCAGGAGUGGAGAGCGUUCCAAUAGGAGCACCGCAGCUGCAGCACCAACAACAACAACAACAACAUGGCGAUGAACAGUGGGACGCAAACGAAUGCGCUGACAUCAUCCUUUACCACGAAGAAAAAGGAUGCGGCCGCGGAAAAGGAGAACCUAUGGUCAGCGAUAUUGAAUGAAGUACAAACACAGGGCAGCACAAAACUUCCAUCAAACAAAUCUGUACUAGUAUUAGGCGACAAUGCCACCGGAAAGACGACACUCAUUGCCAAACUGCAGGGCGUCGAGGAUCCGAAGAAGGGUUCCGGCCUGGAGUAUGCCUACAUUGAUGUCAAGGAUGAGUACAGAGACGACAUGACGCGCUUGGGCGUUUGGGUCCUGGACGGCGAUCCAGGACACACAAACCUGCUACACUAUGCGCUCAACGAAACGAACUAUGCACACACACUCGUCAUCCUCACCGUUUCGAUGACGCAGCCGUGGGGCUGGCUGGAGCAGCUGAACCAUUGGAUCAAGGUCCUGGGCCAGCACAUCGAUAGCCUGCAGCUGGACGCCAAAGAGAAGGAGGCGGCCCGCCAGCGACUGACCACCACGUGGCAGAGCUACUGUGAGGUGGGCGACGAUCUGGAUCCGGGCUCCCCCGUCAAGCGGACGAUGCGCAACAACUCGAUCGACGAGGAUGACCUGCUGCCGCUGACGGAGGAUGCACUAAUUACAAAUCUGGGCCUCGACAUCGUUGUUGUGGUCACAAAGACGGACUACAUGACCACGCUAGAGAAGGAGUACGAGUAUCGUGACGAGCACUUUGACUUCAUCCAGCAGUGGAUACGUAACUUCUGCCUGCGGCAUGGCACUUCGCUCUUCUACACGAGCGUCAAGGAAGACAAGAACUGUGAUGUCCUCUACAAGUAUCUGACGCAUCGAAUUUAUGGUCUACCAUUCCGUACGCCAGCGCUAGUCGUUGAGAAGGAUGCGGUACUCAUUCCGGCUGGCUGGGAUAGCCUGAAGAAGAUUAGUAUUUUAUACGAGAAUAUGCAUGGAGUCAAGGCCGAGAAUCCCUACACAGACAUUAUCAAAUCGCCACCAACUAGAAAGGCGGUUUCCAAUCGCGAGGCGGAAGUGCAGACGGAAGAUGAGCAGGCGUUCCUGGCACGCCAGCAGGAGAUCCUCAAGCAGGGCGACCAGGUGCGCGGUGAGUCGCCACUGCGAUCGCAGGGCGUAGGCAGCAAUAAGAGCGGACCCCGAACGCCCGGCACCACGGGACAGAGUUCGCCCAAAAAGAUUGAUCCCAAGCUGACGCCAGCAACGCCCGGUGCCGAAGGUGUUCUGGCCAACUUCUUUAACUCGCUGCUGCACAAAAAGUCGGGCAGUCCGGGUGGCGGCGGUUCCGGCGCAGCGGGUAAUCCGGCGGGUCCGGGUCGCACUGCCAACGGUACGGAUGCAGUAAUGACGCCCGAGAAGCUGGCCGUGCGCACAGAUGCGGCCGCCGAGCUGGAUCGAUUAUCGCGCAGCGUGAAAAAGGAGAUCGACAUGUCGCAGAGUGAGUGUUGAGCCGUAGUCAACCAGGAGCAGCAACACACACACCACAGCAGAACAGCAGAAAAGCAGAACAGCAGCGGCAGCAGCAAUGAGAGAACCACAACAGCAUGAGAACGUUAUUUAAGCAUCAAGUGAAGGGCAGAGACUCGCUGAGACUCGUCGAGAGUCGCAGGAUAGCUGGGCAGCCGCGAAAGGGAUCAUAAUUGGAAACAGCUGCCCUGGAUCAUUCAAUGGUCCGCUAGUUGGUGUACGGUCUUUUUAUCAGUUUCGCGGGGGCUAGCUUUUAAGUUGUUUGGAUUCCACGGAACGUGAUCAAUGCCCAGAGAUUGUUCUGCAUAACCACUUUAAAACUUUCAAGGUACUCAUUUGAUGGGUUCCCUAGCCACUAGUGAUUAUUUUUGCGAGCCUUCUGCUUUAUACUCAAACACUUUCGCUAAGAAAUUAAACAAAAAAACAAAAGGAAAACUAGGAAUGAGAAACAUAACGCUGAACAAGAGUUGAGACAUUCGCCACUUAAUGGAUAAGCUUAGGAAAAAUGUUUUCUAUUUGAAGAAGGGAAAUUGUCUGCGAGGCAUCUUGUUGUACUCCUCCCAGCGCAGCUGGCCCCGCUCUGCAUGUGUUUAAAGGGCCUUGGCGAGAUGACAGACAGAGAGAUAUAGAGAGGAUAAUGAUAAUGGUAACGAUAAUGAUAACGCUAAGGAUAAGGAUAAAGUGAAGUAGGUUUUUUUUCGUUCGCGGGUCCACACACACAUUUGUAUAAUAAAUUAUUUAAUGAGCUGUAAAAUGUAAUUAACAAACGGCAGACAAACGAGAGAUUCGAACACGAUUCAAGAUCCCUGCGAUGAUGAGUAUGGCUUGCUCCCUAGCCUGUAUGUACUUUUUAAUUAUAUUAAUUAUUUACACACACACCCACUCACACUUGUGUCGAUUCGGUAGGCGAGACGUUUACAUUAGUAUUUAUACCAGGAGACUUCGAGGCGCUCCUCCAUUGACAUGUGUACAUUUUAAGUUUGCUUUUGUUCCAAAUCCAAAUCCCAGCACAAUCCAAACCUAUUCCAAUCGAUCCAACAAACACACCAACCAACGAAGCCCAUUGUAAUUAAUUUUAUGCCUCCUCAAUCCCUUCGAUUUUAAUGUAGAACUCUUUCGUUAUCCGCUCCAGAAGAGCCACCGCAGUCCGUCUUCAUUUUAAAGCCAGUUUUUAUUUAAGCCAUUUUAAACGAGCGUGGAUCACGGAGGGUACGCAUGCAUGUGUCCUGAUCGAGGAGACCAAGUUAGACCAAGGCUGGAUCGCAUCUCGCCAGGCAAAGAUUACUCUAUUUUACUCUAUGAUUCGAAUCGAGAAGUAGCUUUCCCUUUGCCAUAUGUAUUCCACCAAAUGUAUGUAUGCUCUUCUCGUCGGGAGAUAUAGUUUCCAUAAUAUUCCACAAUUUUUCAUGUCCUCUCCACUGCUCUUCCUCCCGCAUUCAACUCUUUGCCUCUCGCUCUAUGCCGUGUGUCGUCAGAAGCAACCACAAAAAGAAAAUAUAUAUAAUUAACAAUAAAUAAAAACGAAAAAUUAA